AUGGGGAGCUCACAGGAGAAGGUGGUGGCUGUGAUCAUGGUGGGAGGGCCCACCAAAGGUAUGCAGUCGAUCUCCCUCGGAAUUGUAGCCAACUCUUCUCGUUUCCAUGUUUGGCUUCGGAUCGGGGGGUGAUGGUGCUGUUAUUGGUGACAGGGACUCGGUUCAGGCCUUUGUCUCUGAAUGUGCCGAAGCCACUCUUUCCACUGGCCGGCCAGCCAAUGGUUCACCACCCGAUCUCCGCUUGCAAGAGGGUACUACUUCCUUCCCCUACUAAUGGAGUGUAUUUAACACCUUGUCGUGUUCUGAUUUGCGUUGUAUGUGAUCUUUUUGCUGAAGAAAGAUUCCGAACCUUGUCCAAAUCUAUCUCAUUGGCUUCUACGAGGAGCGAGAAUUUGCUCUCUACGUAUCCUCCAUCUCCAAUGAGCUCAGAGUCCCAGUCCGGUGAGUGGCUUCUGAUUUAAUCCAGCUUUAUGAAUUGAAGAAUUGAAUCAUUUUUCUGCAUAUGAUUUGGGGGAAUGCGGCACACGAAAGCUCGGUUAAUAUAAUUAUGGCUUUAUCAACAGUUACUUGAGGGAGGACAAGCCACAUGGGUCAGCAGGUGGAAUUUACAAUUUUAAGGACCGCAUAAUGGAAGACAGCCCAGUAUGAAUUCUUUCUCGUGUUUUAUGUGUAAAACUGGAAGAAAAGAAACAUAGGGUGCCUCAAUCUUGGUGAUGUUGGCUUAAUUUAUGUUCAAUUGGUUUUGCAGUCUCAUAUAUUUCUGCUGAAUUGUGAUGUUUGCUGCAGUUUCCCUCUGCCAGAUAUGCUCGGUGCGUCUUUAUUUCUUAUGCCAUAUAAUUGUUAGACGCUUUCGUUUCAUAAGCCUUUCUUAACAUUUUCUGGCCAUUUUUACUUCAUGCUUUUGCCAGUUUUAAUAUCAUCCCCGUGUUCUUCUCUAAAGUUCAUGCAAAGACAACUUAUGGAUGGAUAUUUAUGCUGAUGUUCGUCUGUCUGCUUCAAUGAAUGGGGUUCAAAGAUUUUCAUAACUGCACAGAUUUCAGAAUGAACAACUAGGUCGCCCUGCGUUAUUAAUUUAUUUGUAAUUUUUCAUUUAUUCAUUUAUAUUUUAUGUCCAAUAAAUCAUACAUACGUUUAUUCAUUUAUACAUAAUUUUCAAGAUUUCAGUUGGUACAGAUUCUUGGGAAUAUCAAUUCUCAUGAUUUAAUUGAUGACUUUUUUAAUUUUAAUUUUUUGUUGUCUGUCCUGUUCGAUUUCUUUCACCUAAUUUAAGCUACUUGUUUAAUAGAUAAAUUUCAUACAAAGAAAAAGAUAAAGAUAAAAAAGAGUAACAUCAUAAUCAUUAAAAAAGAAAAAUAAUGAGUAACGUAAAAAUUGAAAACUGAGUUGAAAUAGGGGGUUAUCUUACCUUCAGCAAAUGGAGUCAGAAUGUCCAUUAGAGGGGAAGGUACCUGCUGAUUUGUGUUUGAGAUUCCACCACCAUUUGAAAGUCUCCCGAUUGUCCAUUACUUAAUCACAGUAUAUAUAUCCUACUUUUCUUGCUAAGAAGGAAAAUUAAUUGAAGGUGGAAUAACCUACAGUGGGCCCAGUAUAUCUUUCCCAACUUUUAUCAGUUUCCAAACAUGUGCACGUCAUGGCCAUGAAAAUUCAUCAGGAACUAUUUACCAAUGGUUUCCGACUGACCAGUAUUUUAACUGUUAUUUGAUGAGUGCAGUUGCCCACAAGAAGUAUGGUGGGAUAGGGACAAUCCUAGUUAGUAAGGUGAGGGGACAUUCGUCACAGAGAGUACCUUUUAUGCAUUCCGGUAGGUCGACUGUUGUGACACUCCAGGUUUUCAAUGUGCAUGUAUUUUCUCACGUACAGGUAUCUGCUGAAUCCGCAAGUCAGUUUGGUGAGCUUGUAGCCGAUCACAUAACAAACGAACUGUUGCACUAUACAGAGAAACCUGAGACUUUUGUGAGUACUUUAUGAUUUAUAUACGCUUUCCUCCCACAUAAAAAUUAUUACCAGUAUAUUGAUAUGUGCUGGAUUCGAUUCAUAUUUCCUUUGUUGUUCUUUCAGGUGAGUGAUCUAAUUAACUGUGGUGUAUACAUAUUUACACCUGAUAUUUUCGCUGCCAUCAGAGAUGUAUCUGCACAGCGAAAAGAUAGAGGUCUGUGUUCUUGACCCGUAUUGUCUAAGACUGACAAUGUCACGUCUACAUUAACCGAUUUUUUGGGAAUUGAACAUCAUACUGUAUUAGAUAAAGUUAAAUGUAAGGGGGCCACCUAAAAUUUCUGAUCUACAUAUUUAUUAUGACAGUUCUGAGCACUAAUUCAUCAUAGUAUUCAUAUAUUCAUACUGUAAACUCUGUUGAUACAUUUUAAACUAACCUCCCGUCAGUCAACAUCUUGAUAUUGGUUAAUGUCACUAUUUAUUCGUAGGUAUCUGUUCUUUUGUGCCUCAUAUGUCACAAAUUAAUGUCUUUGUGUACUUCUUUUUGCAGCUAAUUUGCGUCGCGUAUCCAGUUUCGACUUUGAAUCACUCCAAUCAGGAACAAAGUAUGGAAUAUGUCUGGUGAACGCCAGUUAAUAUUUUUAUGAUUUUGUGUCUACUGGAAGUCGUUUUAUGGAAACAUUAUGAUUCCUUGUAAGGAAAACAUAUCAAAUGGGUCAUUUGUUUUCAUUCGUGUUUUCAGAUCGAUUCUUUCAACUCAUUCAGAGAAAGGAGAAAAACAUGAAUAAACUUCUCGAAAUUACUUUUUUUGAGGAGGCUACAUGUCCUGCAUUUUGUGGUUGAUUUUUAAAAUUUUUUUGCCAGUCCUUUUCAUAUUCAGAAUAUCAUUGAGCCUAUUCCAACUUAUUAAUGAAACUUUAACUGGUGUACAACUCGUGUCAUGUGAUUAAACAAAAAUAUAGAAGAAAAUAUAGGGCAGUUAGAAGCUUUAAGUGAAAGUAGUCCAUCAGAUAGUAACCGCUGUUGCACAGAAUGUAGCCAUCGAUCCUAUUUCUAUCUAUAUGAAGAAGAAAUCACUUAAGGAAAGGGAUUCUUAGUUGUACAGAUAUUAUCUUUAUGAAUAUACAAGAACCUAUCACGCAUAAUAACCCUAGUAUCUCAGAUUUUUAGAUUCUCAUAAAAUCUUUUGGAAAUAUGGACAUGGCUUGAUCUGAUUAUUUGUGAAUUCUGCGUACGGCCAAUAUUGAUGGUCAGUGCUGCAUGUUGUCAAUGACCGCUACUUCAGUUGCUGCCCUGUGGAGAUCUACAAUUUCCCUCUAACUAGUUUGAUAUCAUUAUUUACCAAAGUAUUACGUUGUUUCCGUAUAUAGUUUACUUGACAUGUGAGACCGAUCUUUUGUUGAAAAACCUGAUCAGCCUCCAUUUCGCUAUCCUUCUCUACAGGACCAUUCCUUCAGAUUUUGUGAGGCUGGACCAAGAUAUCCUCUCACCUCUAGCUGGGAAGAGACAACUCUAUACGUACGAGACUCUGGAAUUUUGGGAACAAAUCAAGACCCCGGGGUAUGCAUGGUUUCUUCUUCUUUUUCCAUUUCAUUCCUAAUCUUGGGUGCGGCCAGUGAAAAUGACAUGGCCCCCGUUAUGCCCGACCUUCUCAGGAUGUCGCUGAAAUGCUCUGGCCUGUACCUCUCCCAGUUCCGGUGCACCUCUCCUCAUCUACUAGCUGAUGGUGAUGGACUGAAUUCUCCUACUAUUGUUGGUGACGUGUAUAUUCAUCCUUCUGCAAAGGUACACCCCACAGCAAAGGUGAGUCGUCAUCCUCCUCAAGAACGUCGGUUGCAAUGCCGCCAAUAAUCUCAUGUAAUUCGCCAAGAAUUUCCACCCAUUUUUGGAUUUUGAUUUAUCCUCGCUAUUCUUGGAUAGCUUAGUUGAUGUUUCUUAUUAUAGAAUUUAUUCUAUUUUAUCUGGUUUAAUGAUAGGGUCUAUUGUUAUAGUUUCAUCACAGAAUUAAUUAAUUUUCAGUGGCCACACUAUUCAUGAUGGCAUCCUUUGCCGUAUGAAAAAUAUCAGAAAUCAUGAAAAGAUAUUAAUGCAUUUUUCUUUCUUCUGAUUUUGUGAUAUUUCCGCUUGAAGAUGCGCUAAAAACGUUGGCGGUGGAAUCUUAUAUUUCACCACGUGUAGGAAUAUUUCCUAGUUUUUUUAAUAAAAAAAACCCUUCUGCUGAUCAUCUAGUGACCACAUUAUUCAUAAUGGCAUCCUUUACCAUAUGAAAAAUAUCAGAAAUCAUGACAACAUAUAAAGGCUUUUUUUUUUUCUUCUGAUUUUGUGAUAUUUCCGCUUGAAGAUGCGCUAAAAACCUUGACGGUGGAAUCUUAUAUUUCACCACUGUUAGGAAUAUUUCCUAGUUAAAAUAAAAUAGUAAUAAUAAUAAUAAUAACCCUUCUGCUGAUCAUCUUUCUCUUUUUUAUUCUUUAUUCUUGGUAAUUGUAAUCCAGAUUGGCCCCAACGUCUCCAUUUCCGCAAAUGCUCAUGUAGGAGCUGGUGCAAGGCUCAUCAGCUGCAUCAUAUUAGAUGACGUUGACAUUCGGGUACGCAGGAUGCUAACUAUUAUGGAUUCUGGGCGAUAAUUCUCUGCAAAAAAGUAUCAUAUCACCAUUUAUUUUUAUUUUUCUCAUCUUAGGAAAACGCAGUUGUCAUCCACUCUAUCGUUGGAUGGAAGUCCUCCAUUGGGAAAUGGUCCCGAGUACAGGCAAGACCUUCUUCUCCUCUAUCUCCGCUUCAUUUUCUUGACUUUUUCUCUUUUUUUUCUUUUUUUGUUAACGGUCAUCUGUUCUUGCCAUUGCCAUUUGUGGAAAAUCACGUCGUCAGGUCAAACCUAUCUUGACCUGAUUGUUUCUGUUAAAUAUAAUCAUCAAGGAAGACCUCGGCUAUCAUGUUUUAUGAGGAAUUUUCUACCAGAUAAUAUAUUAUAAAUAAAUGGAAAAGACCCGAUAAAUUAUAAUUAUAAUGUUGGAGGAGCAUCAGAUUUAUAAGAUUCUACUUGGAAUGCCGAUGAACUGCCUCCUGUUUGUAUCCAUCAGCAUCUUGUCAUCUGAUCUUGGAACAACUUUUAUUUUUCUCAUUCGGCGUGUAUGUUCAUCGGCUCUGCUCAUCUCUCAGGGGGAAGGAGACUACAACGCCAAGCUUGGAAUUACCAUUCUAGGUAAAAUCCCUCCCUCUCAAUGAUGAUGAUGAUGAUGAUGUAUGUGUUCUUGGGUGAUUGAGCCCUGAAGAUAAUGUUCUUUACCCUGUUCAGGGGAGGCGGUGGACGUUGAGGAUGAGAUCGUGGUGAUCAACAGCAUAGUUCUUCCCAACAAGACUCUCAACAUCAGCGUACAGGAGGAGAUCAUCCUCUGA